CAAAAUGAAGGGGAAAAAGCAGCAGGCUUAUAGUCCGAAAAUCACGGUAUACAAUUAGUUUUAAGUUUGCAGUAAAUUUACGGCAUCUGUUUAGUGUAUAAAAUUCGAAGCCAUUUGAAAAUAGAUUGUGAAUUAAGCAAUCUAUACCUAGUUCAAAGUACCCUCUCCUUUGACAAUAAUGUUAUGUUUAUUAAUUGGCUCUGACCCAAAAUGGCCAACAAGUCACGAAGCCCGUUCCCUUUGGCUCACAGCGCAAAUCAUCUAGCCUUUUAUAAAUAUAUUAACGUGAUAUACAGUAUAUGUGACAUCUAUAUAAAAUAUAGCAACUGCUAUCCAGCAGUGCAGUACUGCUUUCGAACGAUAGAAGGCGAUGUCAUGUUGUACUUCAGGUUCCAAGUCACGUGAUCAGUGAAGUCAAAGUGCAUCCCGACUGACAGCGAAGUAAACAUUCCCCAAUGCCACCCCGCCUGUCAUGGAUUAACUACAGUAAAGCCAAUAACAUUUGCUCAGCAUGGCGUCGUCCUCCAGCUUCGCCCCUCCGAAACUGGACGACUUCAUCCUGACGGAGCGGCUGGGUAGCGGUACGUACGCGACAGUUUACAAGGCCUAUCGAAAAGGGGAUAGUCGAGAGGCAGUAGCUGUGAAGGUGGUUGCCAAGAAGACACUGAACAAGGCCUCUACAGAGAACUUGCUCACCGAGAUAGAGAUCCUCAAAACCGUGCGACAUCCUCAUAUUGUUCAGCUGAAAGACUUUGUGUGGGAUUCUGAGAACAUCUACUUGAUCCUGGAAUGGUGUUCCGGCGGAGAUCUGUCCCGUUUCAUCCGCAGUCGUCGGAUUUUGCCGGAGGGAAUCGCGCGGCGUUUUCUGCAGCAGAUAGCCUGUGCUCUCCAGUUCCUACAUGAUCGAAACAUUUCCCACCUGGAUCUGAAACCGCAGAACAUCUUGCUGUGUGGCUCGGUCCUGAAGCUAGCAGACUUUGGCUUCGCCCAGUACAUGUCACCGUGGGACGAAAAGAGCGUGCUGAGAGGCUCUCCUCUGUACAUGGCUCCCGAGAUGGUGUGUCGACGCCAGUACGACUCCAGAGUGGAUCUCUGGUCAGUGGGAGUUAUUCUUUAUGAGGCACUGUUUGGACGGGCCCCUUUUGCAUCAAGGUCGUUUUCAGAAUUGGAAGAGAAGAUUCGGAGCAACCAGCCUAUUGAUCUCCCUCCAGGGGCCAAGGUCUCCAAGCAGUGCCGUGACCUCCUAUUGCGUCUCCUUGAGAGAAACCCGGAUGCGCGGAUCACCUUCGCCGAGUUCUUCACGCAUCCCUUUGUGGAUAUGGAGCACAUGCCGAGUGCCGAGAGCUUGGGGAAGGCAAAAGAACUGGUCCUGCAGGCGGUCCAGAAGGACCAGGAUGGCGAGAGGUCCGCUGCACUCUCUUUUUACUGUAGCGCCCUGGAGCAUUUUGUCCCUGCUAUUUAUUAUGAGACUGACAGACAGCGAAAAGAUAUCCUUAGGCAAAAGGUCCGCCAAUAUGCGUCACGAGCAGAAGAGCUGAAGGCCCUGGUAGCCUCAGACAACAAGUUAAUGUUUGAGGAGGCGCGCACUUCCAGGGACAUUCUCCGAGAAAUGUCUCGUGAGCAACCACGCUUGCUGGCAGCGCUGGAGAUGGCUUCAGACAUCAUCGCUAAGGAGCAAAUUGGAAUGGACGAAAAUGAGGCCUUGGAUGAAUACCAGAAGUGUUUAGGAGAACUCCUAUUGGCGCUUGCAGCUGAGCCGCAGGGCCGCCGACGUGAGCUGCUCCACGUUGAGAUUAAAAGCCUUAUGAGCAGAGCUGAGUACCUCAAGAAGAACAUCAAGAUGCAGGAGGCUGAGAGAGAUGUGUCACUGGAUCGGGAACCCUUAGCGGACUCGGUCAGAAGUUCAUGCUGUGUGCAGUAACCCUGAAGGGCCACAGUGGGAAAACAGCUGGCUUGGACUCUUGGACGUCAUACCGAGCCGAAGCCUUCACCCUAAUGGCACUCUGUGCUCCAUGCCAAAUCAAACCUGCAUCCCUAACUCACCUCCCACACAUCUAGGCUUGGACUUGCCAGCAGCGAUCCAUGUUUCAGUUGUUGCUGUUGGUGAGGUAGCAUGUAAAGACAGCAGAGCUUGAGCUUGUCAAGCUGGUCAAAUACGACAACACACUUGUUUUAUAGCUCACAAUGUGUACCCCGAGAAAAAAAAACUGUUUACAACAUUUAACCUACAAAGCUGGAUUUACACUGCAUGGUACAAGGGGUGCCAUUCUGUUUUUUUUUUUUUUACUAUGUGGGUUGAGCAGGGUAGACUGAAGCCAACUAAAGAAAAUGUCGUGACAUAUUCUCCGCUAGCAUUUAAGACUGAUCGUAAACAUUAGCUGCUGUGCUUUAUCACCCACCCUAUGCACUGCCCGGAAUGUAAUGGAUUCUUACACACUUCUUUUGACCACCACUAGUAACUCCUGUCAACAAGUGAAAGGGAUUUAAUUCAAAGGAAUUUAUGGAAAACUGUGAAAAUGUGGAUACUUAAUUACUGAAUCGAUUGUACUGUAGGUUAUGCUAAUGUGUGCAUAUAGUUGGACCUUUAAGGUCAACACAAUGCUUCCUGUGAUGCUAAACUUGAAUUGUUGUUGGGAAUUUAUAAACAAAUUCCCUGUACAAAAAGUGGAAAAAGGGUAGCACUGCUGCAAAAUAUAACACCUAUUUAAAAAACAUAUAAUAAGUUAUUUUUUUAAGAUCAAAGAUCAAAAUUUAGGUUGAUCUCGGUGAUCAUCUGUGACAUACCGUAUUUAAUCGGCCAUAUGUACCGUAUUUUUCCGCACAAUAAGGCGCACCUAGAAGCCUUCAAUUUUCUCAAUACUUCAUCUUAUAUAUAGAUCAAUAUUGCUUAAAUAUGGCAUUCCCUUUAGCGCAACUCCAUCUGGUGGAUGCAUAACGCAACCCUAACCACUACUACGACUACUACUACUGCGCCUUUUAAUGCGGUGCAUCCUAAAUAUGAAAACAGUUUAAACAUUCAUUGAAGGUGCGUCCUAAACUUUGAUGUGCCUUAUAGUGCGGAAAAUACGGUAUAUGCAUUAUUCAAACUAACAAACUAACUAACUUUGACAGAUUGGAUAGCAGUCAAUGAUGAUAGUUUUCAAGUGGUUUAUUACAUUCCCAAGUGAGGUAAACUGUAAAGCUCUAGAAACAUAACAAACAAAAUAGCAUAUUAUACACUGAAAUACAAAAUCAAUAAUAGAUUACUGGCAGUUUUUGCCAAAAAUAUGCAAUUCGGCCAAAAUUUGCCUACUUAUUAAGUGCUAAUGGUGAAACUUUCCCAUUCGUUUCCAAUAACCCUAUUCGCCAUACAUUUCAAUGGCACAAAAACUUUCAUUCACGCCGAUUGAUUUCCAACCCAACUGACUUAUAUGCCCCAAAAUCAGCAUGAAAUGACCCCAUAUCAACAGGAGGUAACCUCAAAAUACCCCCAUAUCAACAGGAACUGAACCUGAAAUGCCUGAAAAUCAACAGGAAGUGACACAAUAUACCCUAUUUUCGUGACCCUAGGGCGCACCGUAUUAAAAGGUGCAGGCUGAUUUUCGGGUGUAAUUUUUGUAUUUAACACACAGACAAAGCGCGCUAUUGGGCGCAUGAUAAACAUACACCAGUAUGCGCGCUAGUAUACACGCUAGCAUACUUAAAAAAGGCAAGUGGAGCAAAACUGAGUUAAAUUGCACUUUAUUAAAGAAUUAAACAAAGUACAGGUAUUUCCCAGGUUACGGGGGACUGGACUUGCGCGAUUUGGACUUUAUGACGCCGAAGUCUCAUCCGCCAUUGUGUCCAGUUGUUUUUUUUUUUUUUUUUUUUUUUUUUUUAUUAAGUUGUGUAAACAGUACCUUAUUGUACCACACAGUAUCUUAUUUUCAACUUUAUAAACUUUAUUAACUAACAUGUUCUGUUCUCACUAAAUGUGAAGUUCAGCUUGACAAACAGCAAACAAGGCAAAUGUGCUUUUUGGAGGUUUUCUUUCACUUUUGACCAUUUGUAAAGCUGUAACACAUGUAUGUACACUUAUGCUCAAAACGACACACAUUUUCAAUACAAAACACCUGACACAACGCAAUUAGUGUUCAAAUGUCCAUCUCGUCUGAUCAAAAUGUAAAUUUAGUAGAUUAAAUUAGCCUAAUUUGCCUAGCAAAAGUCUGCUAGCUUUAACUGUACAAUGGUACCGCGACAUACGAUCACUCCGACACACGAUCUUUUCGACAUCCGACGUAAAAUUUGUUUCUACAUCCGACAACAUGCUCUAAAUACGACGAACUAUGAUAGCACCGCAGUUUCAUUGUUUUGCCGCAUGACCAAUGCAUGGCAGAUUUUUUUGUGAGAGAGAUCAACAUGUGGUUGAAAAAAAGGAAAAAAGGUGAUCCUUACCAUUACCAUUAACAAGAAGACAGAUAUGAUAGAAAAAAAUGAGCGUGGGGUGUGCAUCCGUCAUAGCUCGCUCAACAAUACAGACGUAGACGGUCUAUGACGGUCCUCCUCCGUACGCUAGUCUUUAUAAGUUCAGGUGGCAAUUAUUAUUGUGGUAACAUUGCCAAAGAAAUCAUCAGCUUCGUCAGGUUUCUAAUAAUUUAUUAUUCCAUCAACUUGUGCCUAGUGUCCACCGCUGCAAGUAAACAAGGUGAAAGUGAAACUAAGUCAGCCAUGCGAUGCGUUCAGGUACACCACGAAAACACAUUCGCCACAUUAGAACCUGGUUUGUUACAUUAGUACAAGUAUUAUUAUUAUUAUUAUUAUUGCUAUUAUUAUAUUAUUAUUCCGAUUUUUAUUCAUAAUGUAUUUGUUUUGCUCUUUGUAAUUGAUAUUUGCAAUAGUAACAUCAAUAUUGAGAAUUUAGUGUAGGUUUUUGGGCUGUGGAACGAAUUAAUGGAAUGAUAGUGCAUUCUUAUGGGAAAAUCCUGUUUGACAUACGACCAUUUCGACUUAAAAACAAGCUCCUGGAACGAAAUAACUUCGUAUGUAGAGGUACCACUGUAUUUCCAAUUCUCAUAGCAAAUCGCUCACACAUAACUCCACAAACUGUAGCUCUGAACUUAAUUACAAAUGCAUACACAAACAUAUAUUAGCUAAAAAAAAAACAACUUCCAGCCUUAUGUGGGCCAAACGAGAGGGAAGCUAAGGGCGUAACAUAAAACGAGCCACACAAGUUUACAAGUGGCACAAAUGUAUUUACUAAAGAUGCACCGAUACCGAUACUAGUAUCGGCAGGGGGCGCCGAUCCGGGCCGAAAUGGUGGUAUCGGUAUCGGCGAGUACCAACAAAGACGGCGGCGAUACCAUUUACCGGUCCAUUAUUAUAACAUUUGACCACAGCCUUUUUCUCCUUCUGGCGCUCACUACACUCUGUCUCUGUGUUGUGUGAUGACACGUGAACACCAAGCAGCUAUCGCUAUUGGCCUGCUCCAGACCAAUGAGAGCGGGCCAAUAGCCACUCCUGACCAAUCAAAAGGGGGCUUUUUCAUAUGGACGAAAAACAAACCAGGAAAUAUGGCGGCGCGGCGGCGCGGCGGCGGUCGGGAAAUCUUUCCAAAUAGAAAUCCUGUUGAUUAAAAUCAAUGGCUGCAUGCAAGAUUUGCGGUCUGAAAGUUUGGAGAUGUGGAGUUAAAUCGGCCAGUUUCAAUACCUCGAACUUGAUAAAACAUUUGAAGACGAAACGUGAACGAACACAACGAGUUUGAGCCUGCAAGAGCAGGACUGCUAUCCAGAGGAAGAAGGCCGCUGGACCGGAGAAACAAUUUCUGGUCAGUUCACUUCGUCUACUUUACUUUUAUUGUCUUUUACUGAAAGAAACACCGCAGUAAUUUGGGAAGUGUUUCCAAAGUAUUGUUGCCACCUUUCAGAAAUAGAAAUAAGGGACUCCCACCUCCCGAAAAAAAGGAGAGGCGGGAUGCUGUGGUCAAUUAUUAUUACUUAUAAUUGUUAGCGUCCGCAAAUGCGGAAACAAGGUUGAACCUCGAAGCAGACAACAAGCGGGGGAUACAUAAAAGGGUUUAAUGAUUGCAAACAAAAAAUAACACGCGAUCGCGGGACAGUAGAAAUAACAAAAGGAGUCCGUGACAGCAGGUCGACGGACAAACUAAGAUGAUAGGCAGCGGUUACAAACGAGAGCAGCACACUAACAGAAAAACCCAAUGCAGGGGGAUAACAAGCAAAUGUAGCGAGAUUAUUGUGCCAGAUGUCAAAUAGCGAUCAGCAAGGCAAAUAUCUCGGCAGCCUUCUCUGAGCUCACCCGUGCUUAAAUGCUGCGUUGAUGAGCCUGUAUUGGAUUCAAGUGCCACGCCCCCACGCCCAGCAACAAAACACAAUCUAACCAGCAGCAGAAUGUGACAAUAAUUUCAUGAAAGUUGCACUGUUUGGACUUUGAGAGGUUUUAAAAAGUUUAUUCAGUUCAUUCAGAGUUUAUUAUUAUGAAUUUAUUUUUACUUUCUUACUGUUGGACUAGUAUUAUACAUGUUUUAUUAAUUUCACAAAUUUAGCACUAUUUUUGGCCUUUGAGAGCGGAAGGUUUAUUCAACUAUUGUCUACUAGGGUUUAGUGUACUUUUUCCUAUUUUGCAAAGGUAAGCAACAGCCUGACAAAGCCUUGAUAGCAAUGAUUUCACAUCCAAUUAUGUAGCUCUUUGGAAAAAAAAAAUUAAGAAAAAAAAUAUAUAUAUAUACAUAUAUAUAUAUAUAAUCGGGGUGGUAUCGGUAUGGUAUCGGUAUCGGCCGAUACUGCACAGCCAGGUAUCGGUAUCGGGGCCAAAAAUGGUAUCGGUGCAACACUAGUAUUUACACAGUCAAACUCGCAAUGAACAAAAUAUACAAAAUGUGGAUGAAGCGCGACUCCAGGGUAAGCCCAGGCCAAAAUAACAAAAGGUAUGAUUAAACCCCACACGCUAACUAAACCCUGAUCGUGAAAAAGAACAAAGAAAAGACAGCCGCUAACCUAGCUUCUUACGCUAAACAAAACAGGAGAAAACAGGUUGAACAGAAAUGGCAGCUUACCCCUACUGCUUCAGUGCUCUUAUUUAAAGUGGUGAACAAAAACGAUCCAAUAAUGAAUAAACACAAAAGACCUCAUCGAAAAAGCGGGAGUGUAUCAAACUAGCGAUCAAAGCACACGAGAGUGGAUGGCGAGCAAACAGCUGGCAAGGAGGACCGCGACACGAAUCCUGUCAAAUGCGACCUCAGCUGUCAGUUGACAGCUUCUGACUUUUCAAGCUUGGCGCCCUUUUUCGUGGCCAAUCAGCGGCGGCGAUGUCGUCUGUCCAUCUGGCGUCGAUCAGCUUACGUCAUGUUGGGAGGGGAGGCAGCCAGCUGGCGGAGGCGACGAUCAACUGACUGAAAGUCUCGAAAAACAAUAAUUAAACGGCCAGGCCUGUCACAGUCUUCCUCUUAAAAGUCACCAUAGGUGGCAGUUUCUUUUUCUUUCGUGUAGGUACAGGUUCUCCCACUUGAA